ACUUCUCUCGCCAUCCGUUUUGCACAAGAGGCUUUUGGGAAACAGUAUAAACAGACGAUAGGGCUGGACUUCUUUCUGAAGAGAAUCACCCUGCCAGGAAACCUGAAUGUGACGCUGCAGGUGUGGGACAUCGGAGGACAGACUAUUGGAGGAAAAAUGCUCGACAAAUAUAUCUACGGAGCACAGGGCGUGCUGCUGGUGUAUGACAUCACUAACUCUCAGAGUUUUGAGAAUCUUGAAGAUUGGCUGAAAAUGGUGAGAAAAGCCAGCGAAGAGUCCGACACCCAGCCGGCGAUAUCACUGAUCGGAAACAAGAUUGAUCUGGAGCACAUGCGGACAGUAAAGAUGGAGAAGCAUCAGCGAUUCUGUCAGGAAAACGGACUCAUCAGUCAGUUUGUGUCUGCAAAGACGGGAGACUCUGCGUUUCUGUGUUUCCAGCGGCUGGCAGCGGAGAUGUUGGGCAUGAAGCUGAAUAAGGCUGAGAUGGAGCAGUCACAGCACGUGGUUAAAGCAGACAUAGUGAACUACAGUCAGGAGUCGGUGGCUCGAGCCGUCAACCCUCCACGCAGCUCCAUGUGUAACAUACAGUGAUCAUCGUCUCUGUCUCGCUCGCGUCUGUCGUCUGAAAGUGUCCAGUUUGAUGCAGACGGACUCUGAACUCUGCGUAACGGACACAGGGAUCCUGCUUUAUACUGUCCUCCCUCUUUCUUUGAUGUUUAUUUGCCAAUUAGACAUUGUGAGUUACUAAAAAAUCUUUAAUGUGUGCAAGUACCAGAGCUUUACCUUGUAAAUCUUUGCUUGCGUAAGUCCAGACAGACGGAUGACGGAUCAUCAUAGAGGAUUGGUGUGUGUAAAUGCCUCUGGAGUUUGUUCAGCUGAGAACGAGCCGAGAUCUCACAUCUGCGGGAGAAUUCACUCGCACCGACGGAGAACUGACUUCCUCCGGUUAGAGCAGACUGUGUGUGUGUGUGUGUGUGUGUGUGUGUGU